ACAUUUGUUAUUUUUUUAAAUUUAGUAGUAGAGAUAUAGUAUAGUUAUUAUUAUUAUUAUGAAGUUAUAACAAAUAAUAACAAAAAGAAAUUAUAAUAAAAUAAAACAUAAUAAUAAUAAUAACAAUAAUAAUUAUAAUAAUAAUAAGUCUUGUUAAAUAGGUUAAAAACUACUAGUCGUCUAUAGUUUUUAUUUAUUUUUUUUUUUCAUUCCAACAAAUUUAAUAAUAUUUAAAUAAUUAAAUAAAUACUAAAACACUUAGUAUUAUAUUUUAAUAAUUAAUAUAUUAAAGCAAUAUAAUAAUAAGCAUAAUAAAGAUAAUAAAAAACUAACAUUUGUAUUUAUAUAAAGAAAAAUUAAAUCUUUUUUUUUUAUUUUUUUUUUUUAAAAUUUUUUUUAAAAUAUACAACAAACAUAUCAUUUUUUAUAUACACCUUAAAUAAUAUAAAAUUUUAUUAAUAAUUAUUGUUAUUGUGUGGUAUUAUUUUUAAAAAUUUUAAAAUUUUUUUAAUUGUUUUUUUUGUUUUUUUUCUAUAAAAAUCAAAAUUUAAUUAAUUAAUAAAUAAAUAAUAAUAUAAUAAUAAAAUAAUAAAAAAAUAAUAAUAAAAUAAUAACAUAUUUAUUUAAAAAACUAAUAUUAAAUAACGAAUAAACCAUUUUCUCUCUUGAAUUUAAAUAUAAAAGAAGAAAAUAAAUAAAAUUUAAUAAAUAUAUAAGAAUGACAAUUUCAGAUAGAUCAAUUUAUGAUUAUUAUAAUAUAACAGAAAUUAUAGGAGAGGGCACAUUUUCAACAGUAACAUUAGCAAAUAAUAUAAAUAAAGAAGAAGAGAAAUAUGCUGUAAAGAUUAUUUCAAAAGAAAUUUUAGAUAAAGAAAGAAGAACAUAUGUAGAUUGGGAAAUAUCAAUUCUAUCAAAAUGUCAACAUCCAAAUAUAAUAAAAUUUAUUGAACAUUUCGAAUCAGAAGAAGAUAUUUGUUUGGUGUUGGAAUGGAUUCCAAAUGGAGAUUUGUUUGAUCGAAUUAUAAACAAAGGAGUUUUUAGUGAAGACGAAGCAUUGUUGACAAUGAAGUCAUUAUUAUCAGCGAUCGAAUAUUUACACGAUAGAUCUAUAGUACACAGAGAUAUUAAGCCCGAGAAUAUUUUGGUCAGUUCAUCAGAGGGAGAUAUUAAAUUAGCAGAUUUUGGUCUUGCCAAGUAUUACGAAGAAUCAGUUGGUAUGGAUAAGCAAUGCGGAACUUUGGCCUACUCUGCCCCGGAAAUUACAAAUAAUCAAAUUUAUAGAAAAAGUGUUGAUAUGUGGAGUUGCGGUUGUAUAUUAUAUUUUAUUCUUUUUGGUAGACCACCAUUCUAUAGUAAUGAUGAAUCCAUUAUGUACGAAUUAAUUGUCAAGGGUGAAUGGUCAUUUCCUUCAAAUUCAGAUUUCAAAUAUUCCAAUCAAGUUAAAGAUUUAAUUAAAUCAUUGUUACAACAAGAUCCAAACAAAAGACUAACAGUUAAAGAGUCAUUAGGCCAUCCAUGGAUACUUGGAGAGAAAUCAUUUUCAAAACUAUCUUUUAGAAGUUUACUUCAAAGUAACGAAUUUAAUUAUAAUAUUGUAAAUAAUAGCUUAAUACAUAGCAAUAAUAACGAUGACGACAACGAUAACAACCAUGAUAAUAACAACUCAGCAAACAAUAGUUCAAUGGACGAAUUCUCUUCCGAGGAAGAUUUUACCGAAGAUGAUGAUGAUUAUGACGAUGAAGUCGAAGAAAAAUAUCAACAAAAACAACAACAACACCAAGAACAACAACAAAUUUCAAUGCGCACUUCUUCCUCUUCAGCAUCAAAACCAAUAUCAAUUAAGAAAUCAAAUCAACUAAGAGCAAGCUUUAACCAAACUGUAGAUAUACUGCGUGGCCCUCUUACACCUUUAUAAAAAUAUAAAAUUAACAACAAUAAUAAUAAUAAUUAUAAUAAUAACAAUAAUAAUAAUAAUUAUAUAAAUUAUAUAAAUUAUAUAUGAAUUUUUUAUCUAUAAUUUUUUUUAUUUUUUUUUUAUGCAUUAAAAAAAUCAAUUUUCGAUGAAUCACCAAAUUCUUUUCUGGGAUUAAAAAAAACAUAAUAAAUAUUUAUUUUAAUAGUAAAAUGCUAUAAAACUUUUUUUUUUAGUCU